AUGGCGCAAGACCCCCGAGCACUCUUACAAAAGGCGGAGAAGGCCGCGCAGUCUGCUGGAGCCGGAUUCUCGCUCUUUGGAGGCCGGACGGAGAAGUACGAGAAUGCCGUGGAGCUAUAUACACAGGCGGCAAAUGCCUUCCGUAUGCAAAAGGCAGGCAAGGAAGCGGGACAGGCAUUUGAGAGAGCCGCCGCGCUCCAAUCAGGCAAAUUGAGCGAGCCUGAUGAUGCCGCAAAUACCCUCACUGAGGCCUACAAGUCAUACCGAAAGGACGAGCCCGAAGACGCAGCACGAGUACUUGAGCAGGCAAUCAACCAUUACACAUUAAAGGGCAACUUCCGAAGGGCGGCAACGCACAAGCAGAACAUUGCUGAGCUAUACGAAGUGGAGCUUGGAGACCAGAAGCGGGCUAUGGAGGCGUACGAGAUGGCGGCGUCUUGGUAUGAGAACGACAAUGCUGAACAACUCGCCAACAAGCUCUAUCUCAAGCUUGCCGACAUUGCCGCACUGGAGGCGGACUACCUCAAAGCCAUCUCCAACUACGAACGCAUCGCCAAAUCCGCCAUCAACAACAACCUCAUGAAGUGGUCCGUGAAAGAGUACUUCCUCAAGGCUGGUAUCUGCCACUUAGCAAAUGGCGACUCCGUCGCAACAAGCAGAGCGCUGGAGUCGUAUCGGGAGACCGAUCCUGGGUUCACACAGACGAGAGAGCACCAGCUGUUGGUAGAUCUCUCCGAAGCUGUAGAGGAGGGAGACCAAGAGAAGUUCGCCGACAAGCUGUUCCAAUUCGAUCAGAUGUCAAAGUUGGACAAAUGGAAGACCACGCUGCUGCUUCGAGUGAAGGAGAGUGUGGAGAGCAAGGAAGAGGAUUUUGCUUGA